AGAUAUUAUUGCAUUGCAGUCGGAGUGCCUGCUAAAGCAAAGGUUUCUCGAUUGAAUCGCUGCUGGAAAUUCGCUCCGCGCAGCGCUUCCAGCCCGCCUCGAAAGCGCGCGCGCCGGCAUCAUGAUGCCGCGCCGCACCCUCAUCCUCCUCGCCCUGCUCGGCGUCGCGGCGGCGUCGUGGCGCAAUGCCGCGAAGCUCGCCUGCGCCGGCGCGUUCCUAUCAGCAGUACUCAAUGGCGUCGUCGACCGCAUCCACGGCAUCGUCGACUACUCCUGGAACUCGCCGCCGCCGCCGGAGAGCUGGAAUCGGACGCUCGCGCCGGAAGAGCUGGAGGCCAUGAACUCCGCCAUGCGCAACCUGUCGGCUGCCCAGGCCCAGGGCUACGACGCGUUCGUAGCGAACUACAACUUCACGAAGAAGACAGUCGAGCUGGCCCUGCGCGGGCAAUUGCCGACGGAGCAAGAAGACUGCUCGAACCCCGACGUGCCGCUGCAGGCGCCGACGACGGCGCCUGACGUCGUGCCGAUGCAGGCGCCGACGACGGCGCCGACGAGGACGCCCACGGGCGCUCCCGCGCGGCGGCGGCACCGGAGACGACCGCUCGCGCCCGCGUCUCUACCUCUCGAAUCGCAUCAGUGACUCGUUUGACUCGUUAUGUGCGCACAGGUUCACGCGGGUGAACCGGCGCAAGCCGGCACAUAAUUGGCCUGCUUGUCGCGGCACCGAGCUCUGCGCCGACAAAGGCCUGAUCGAGGCGCACCUCCUCGUCCUGGGCACCUUCGAUGAUCUGGAACAAGCAAAGGCGGAGCUUUUGACGAUGGUUUCUACUAUAUUUGGACCCGAUACCUGGGACGCGCGCCGUCAGGCGCAGAUCGUGGAACUUUUCCGUCUGUACUCUAAUGGGAACGUCGCGCUCGGUCCUUUAGUAGAUAAGGUACUCGAGGCGCGCGGCGAGCUGGGCGCCUUUGAUCCGGGAGGUAUACUGGAAAAUAUAGGAGAAGCUCUCUUCCAAGCCGGCCUCGUGGCAAUCGAGGACGGCGUUCUCGUCGAUGGUCCGCGGCUCGUACGAGCACGCGAUGCUUUAGUGGAGAAGCGGGGCUACAGCCCCGACUCGAACGCGGUCCGGUCGUUAACUGUCGAGACCACGCUCGUCGUGUGGUUUAAUUUGGUGCUUUCGGAUCUGGAACUGCAGAAGGCAGUGCCGCUGCUCGCAAGCGCCAGCGCCUAUAUUCUCAGAACCUUCUUCGCGGUUUCUACUGUUCUUCACUCGUCUACCUUCAGCUAUCAUAACUCACUGUUGUUCCACGCAGGUCUAUCCCCAUUGCUUCUGGGGCGCAUACUCGAUGGUCGCCGUGCAGAAGUUCCCGGGCCUGCUGAACGACUUCUGGAAGGCUGGCGCCGGAGAAUCGCUCACGUUGGUGGCUUCGGGCGACAAGUCCGCCUACAAGCUCAUGGUCAAGGCCUGCGCCGACGCCUACCCCUACGUGAUCGUUCGUGGCGCGCUGUGUCGAAUUAAAAGGUCGUCUUCUAUGAGACACGCCGCGUUGAUGGCUGCGUCGCGACGACGGCAGCGUUGCGUCGAUGGCGCCGCGUCGAUGGCGCCACGUCGCGUCGAUGGCGUCAUGUCGAUGGCGUCGCGUUGAUGGCCGCAUCGACUGUGUCGCGUCCAUGGCGUCGCUUCGCGUCGAUGGCGUCGUGGCUUCGAGAGCGUGGCGCUGGACAUGGCCUCGACGUAGCCCAACGAGAGUCGAGCUGCUCGCGCCGACGCUGCGACUCGUCGAUUUCCACACAGGUCGCCUGGAGAAGUCCUUGCUCAAGGACCUCCACGACGAGAAGAAGAUGCAGAAGAAGCUCUACGACGCGAUCAAGGGGUCCGACGAGCAGUGGACGUUGGUCUUCGCAGUGAAGGACGUGGUCGUGAAAAACGGUGCGGAUCCUGGGAUUCGCGCCAUCUACUACGUUGAACUACCCGCGGACGAGACGUUUUCGACGGUGGGCCUGCAGAAGAUCGACAACGUGCCUGCUCUCACGACGCCUUUUGCGUAUUUGACGGUCGCCGUAGCUCAGGCCGGACGGGCGCAAGCGGGCGGCUCUAUCGUCGUCGUGUUCAACGAGAAGUUCGCGCCGCGGAAGGCGCCUCGCACUACCCAAGGCUUGCCGUUCGGCUACAACGACAAGGAGCAAUACCUGAGGGCGUGCCUCGAACAGGGGCGCGUCCUUUAGCGUGUGACCGCGACGUUUCCAUCAAAAUGAAUCAGGGCCACGAAUAGCGGCUCGCAGCCGCUCGCGUGGAAUAGCAGAAGUAUUAAUCGUUCUGAAUUGUA